AAGGGAUAAAGGGUUGAGAAGUAAAAAUGACUGCGAAUAAGCUGCACUAUUUAAAAAGUCAAGUUCUCUGCGCGAUAGUAUGGCAGUUUAUUUAGCAACGUUUAUAUUCUUAAUUCGGUUGAAAUAUACUCCAAAAUUUAGUAUUUAUAUUCAUGAUACUGCAUAGACGCAUAGAUUAAUUUUCGCAGAGCAAAAAUAUUCUUGAGUAUAUUUAAGCAGAGCAAAUAUAUGACCCGCGUACCCAGGCGCGGGAGCUGACUCAUCUCACCCCAACGGGGUCGUCUCGCUUUAUCUCCCGACUUCUGAAGUUUGAAAGUCACACGUGUAAAUAAUCAGUUGCUUGUGGUUUGGAGCAAUUGGUCACUCGUUGGUCAUCCUCGUGGAGAGUUGUUCGUUGUUAUUUGGUGUCGGAUGGAUUCGACCCAGGAUUCCUUCACGCUGCGGAUGCUACAGCGUGCAGCCAGCAUUCGGAAAAGUCGGAAGAGUAGCAUACGGUGCAAUUCAGAUGAUUCAUGGAGAAAAUUGAGCAUUUUACAAGCCGUUGAUAACAAGCCUGUCAAGAUCCCGAACAAUGCAGAUGACAAGCAACGGACCUCAAGGAGAAGCAGCCUUUGUUCAGGAGACGAUAGAUUGAUCCCUCGUUGCAUUGAUAUCUCCGAUACUCACCGGAGAAGUCGAUAUAGCUCGUCGCAUCUUACAGGCUUAUCAAGAUCCAACGCUGAUUGCCAAAAUUCUCAAAAACAGCUCCUAGGAUCCUUGAACUACAAUCAAACUAACGGGGUGAAAAAUAAUAAGAAACAACUCCUGGCCAACGUCACCCGCGAUCGAAACUAUCCUGAAAUGAAAGAGAAACCAUCUAUGAUCGAAGCCGAAUAUGAAAGUAACAUUGACAAAAAUAUUUUGAUAAACGAAACGAUAACGAAACCAACAACGUUGAAAGAAUCCAUCUACUACAUGGAAAGUCACGACGAGAACAAAACGAACCAUUCAGACUUUACAAACACGUUCGAUUCUGAGAUUCUAAAUGUCACCGGAAAUUCAACGAAGGACUCGCUCACUUCUUCAACUUAUGUCAGAGGAUUUGAGCUCGGGAACGUCAAGUGGAGGGGCCCGCUCUACAAAGCGGCUGUUAAAACGCAACAACGGAUGAUGGGUGACGACCCUGUUGUAAGGAGUACCAGCGACUUCGAGGAACCCAUGUUGUUGAAGGCUGUACACAAGGAGAUUUUUACGCCCCCAAAAAUGAGAGCGGAACUGCGAACAAUCGACACCAAGAAACUAGAAGAAAAAACACCUAUGACCGUUGAUAAUCAUGUAAAGAUAAUUAGACCGAACUCAAUACCCUUGCAGGUCGAUAACUCGAUCCAAAGGAAUUACGUACAAGUUUCGAAGGAAAAUAACUUUUUAAACGUCGCUGAAAAUCUAGAUUCACCAACUACUCCGCUCAGCGCGGAGAUCAAACGGCUGGAUGAGGAAAUUAAACGCCUGGAACUGCAUCCGAGCGUUCACACUUUGGAAAACACCGUGGAUUUAUCACCUACAAAUCGAAUUUACCCGAAUUUGUCUGAGAUACACUUUAAUCCCACCGGAUACUCUCCCAAGAAAGUGGAAUACGAGUCUCCCCACAGCCUCGAAGAAAAUUCAGUCACUCCGAAAAUUGAUUACACCGUUCCUGUCUCGAACGUUGAAUGGUCAUCCACUCAGGAAAAUGUGAAUGACUGCAAGUUAAAUACGGCUACUUUUGAUAAGGGAUCCGAUGCAACGGAAGUCCAACCUGCAUCUAGAUUCGUUAAGAACCAAGUGAAAAGUUCGGUGAAAAACGAUAAGUUCAAACCCAAUCUGGAGUCUACCAGAAAAUCAUCUUUCUCCGAUUUAUCGAAGAACACCGCGUCUCCCUCUGGAGCUAGAGAAAGCACCGUUUCCUCGGUGACGACUACGGAGGCCCGAGGAAAUACAGAAAUCUUGAACGAUAAUACGAAACCCCUAGAUUCCACGGUGCCUUACGACGUUGAUAAUUUUUUGGCUGACGCCUUGGGGGAUGAACUUUAUAAUACCACCGUGACCUACCCACCUUCAGAGACCCACGAUAAAACCAUAUCAGAGUUCAACGCAAGUGAAUUAAUAUCCGAGGACAAAACACCCCUGCAAAAGAAGAAUAGGAAGUUUUGGAAGAGGACACCCGCGACAGAACCACCGCCUCAACACACAAGCACUUUCAACAGGACAAUGACGAUCUAUAGAUCAUUAACGCAGAGAAUUAAGAAUAAACUGCGACCCGGGCUGAAAUCAAUUGCAAAAAUUCCAGUGGUCACCGACCACAGUUCCGUAAUGACUGCGGAGUCCAUGAGCGGGGAUAAAAGAAUACAAGCUCUCUUGCAAGAGGCAGAUAUUCAACAUGCUCAAAUGUACCAAGCUCAUAAAGCGCUGCUAUUUUGUCGUUCGAUGAAAGAAUUUGCUGCCAGUACCGAACUUGUAGAGUCGGAAAGAUCUUUAUUGGUUGCAAGUUUGAGAAGAUCCGCUGCACUGGACGAGAUCAAGAAAUUGGAUUCCGAAUUGAAUAACAACGAGGAUCUAUCCAGCGAGUGGGGUGAAGUUAGAAUGGAAAAAUUCAGCUUGCCAUUAAAGACGGAUGUCUUGGAGACUGAAGCGUAUCCCGGAGACUUUGAGCAGUGGUUUGUGGUCGUCGUUUCCUACGGACCAUCCGUCUGGGCGACCCGUCCGAUUUCGUGCCCCGUAACGAGUCCCAAGAUUGUUUUCCCCGGGGGAUAUUUACUGCAGAACUUGAAUCCAAACUUUAAAAUCACCGUGAGGAUCUAUUCUCUAAAAAUGCGCAGGUCCACCUUCGACUACGAUGCUAAAUACCGCUUGAACAGGACCGAGAAAAAUUCCAGAUGUCCUUCGCCGAAGAAAUUACUUAAAAGAAACGACAAACCCUUGUCCCCCAAACAAAACCACAAUGAAUUCAAUAUGAUAAGAAAUACGUCGUUCGUGCUUACGGGAAUGCUUGAGCUUUAUCUUCACGAUUUAAGUUUGACUUCACCCUGGCCGUUGACGAACCUAAUGCCAGGCACCGUCCUCAGAGGAGUGAUCGACUUCACGUUCACCUGCAAAAAACUCCAUCUAACGGUUUCACACGCUGGUUUUUUGACUCACGGCGACGAAGCUGGGGGUUUUCUAGCGUGGAAUCGACGAUGGUGUGUCCUGCAGGGUAAGACUCUAAUGUUUUGGAAUUACCCCUGUGACCAAGAGGAUAAAAAGCCUCUGGCUACUAUUGAUCUUACAAAUUGUAUCUCGGGCGAAGUAACUCUCGUUGAUAGAUCGCUUUGCGCAAAACCGAGAACGCUACUCAUUGAAACUUCAAUAGAAAGAACCAGGUCUGAUAGAAAUAGCGUAACCCUGGAUCUACGUUCAUCCUGCACUGUCGUUCGUAAUUUGUUAUGCUGUGACACAGCUCGUGACCUGACCCAGUGGGAAUCGAAGUUGAAUCAAGUUGUUUCGGCUCUACGAGAUUGGAAUGUAACCAGUCCACCGUCGCAAUUACAAGUUUCCGACUUGUAAUAUAUUUUUUACUAUUGUAACCAUACUAUCCUUUGUAAUUGUGUGAAGUGUUAUUUACAUGUUGUAUUCCCGUUUAUUAGGUAUUUGCAGUUUUCUUAAAAUGUAAGGAACCCUCAACCGAAUAUUUUGUACGCUCUUUGACUUAUUAGCGUAUUCAUUUCUUUUCAGAAGUACUACAGACUAAUUUGAACAAGUGAUCGAUGUAUUAAUGAUAAUUAAAUGAAUAUUAAGAUCA